AUGAAUGUUUUACAUUGGAUACGAAAUAGAAGCACAAUUUUCAAACCAUUUGUUGCUAAUAGAAUUGGAGAGAUUCAGUAUCAUUCAAAUCCUAUACAAUGGCGACAUGUACAAGGAAAACAAAAUCCGGCUGACAUUUUAAGUAGAGGAUGUUCAAUAUCUUAUUUAGAAACGAACGAAUUGUGGUGGAACGCACCUGAAUUUCUGAAGAAAAAUGAAUGCGAAUGGCCAAAAAGUAAAGUUGAAUUUUCACAUGAGAACAGUGAAAUAAAAAAGUCAAAACAAAUGCAGUUUGAAGUACAAACAAUGCACACACAGAGCGCGGAUGUACAAACAUGCAUUGAAGAAUGGCGGCUUGAUCCGAAACGAUAUUCCAGUUGGACAAAAUUAGUACGGGUAUAUGCUUGGGUUAUGCGUUUCGUGGAAAAUUGUAAACGUACAAAAACAGCAAGAAUUGAAGGACAACUGGGUGCGAAUGAAAUACAUGAUGCAGAAGUAAAAUUAAUAAUAAAAGCUCAAAGGUCUCAUUAUAAGGAAGAAUUUACAUGUUUAUCUAAGCAAAAAGAACUACCAAAAGAUAGCAAAUUGAUCAAAUUGAAUCCAAAAAUUGACGGUGAAGGAGUAAUCAGAAGUGAUGGACGCUUAAAAUAUGCUGAAAUGUUAUCGUAUGACUGUCGAUAUCCAGUAAUACUACCUCGACAUGAUUGGAUUACUGAACUAAUUGUUCGUCACUUUCAUGAAGAUUCAGGACAUAGUGGUACAAACUAUACACUUUCCGUGUUAUCAACACAGUAUUGGAUACCAUCUGCAAGGGAGGUAAUUCGUGCAGUAGAAAACAAAUGUACAAAGUGUAAACUUCGCAAAGCAAGACCAAAAGAACAGAUUAUGGCGCCACUUCCAAAUAUCCGUCACAAUAUGCCAUUAAGAGCAUUUGUUCAUGUAGCAGUAGAUUAUGCGGGACCAUUUGUAACUGUUCAAGGCCGUGGAAAACGUCGAGAAAAAAGAUACCUUUGUUUAUUCACUUGUUUGAGUACAAGAGCUGUACACUUAGAGAUUGCAUUUGGAAUGGAUGUAGAUUCUUUUCUUAAUGCGUUUUACCGGAUGGUUAGUCGUCGGGGAUUACCAAAAACUAUGUUAUCAGACAAUGGAUCAAAUUUUGUUCGUGCUGACAAAGAAUUAAAACAGUUAUUGCAGUGUCUUGAUCAGGAUAAAAUUAUAGAAAACACAGCAAAUAAAGGAAUACAGUGGCAAUUUAUUCCACCCUUUGCUCCUCAUUGGGGAGGUGUACACGAAAUAAUGAUCAAAAGUGCUAAACGUGCAACAUACGCAAUAUUACAAAAUGCUUCAGUUACUGACGAAGAGCUUAUGACGGCAUUUGCUGGAGCUGAAGGCUUGAUCAAUUCAAGACCACUUACAUAUCAGACUAGUAAUCCAGCAGACUGUAUACCGCUUACACCAAACCAUUUUCUGCAUGGACAAAUCGGGGGAAAGUUUGCUCCUGAAAGUGUGGAUACUACAGAAUUCAGUCCUAGAAAGCGAUGGCGUAGAAUACAGGAGUUAGUUCGACACUUCUGGAAUAGAUGGUUACAUGAGUGGUUACCCAGUCUACGAACAUCAAAAAAUUGGCAUAGAAUUAAUCCAGACCUGAAAGUUAACGAUGUCGUGAUUGUUACGUCUAAUGAUUUACCGCGAGCACAGUGGCCAUUAGGGCGUAUUACGCGUGUGCAUACAAGUCGCGAUGGACAUGUGCGCGCAGCAAAUGUUUUAAUGAAUGGCAAAGAAUUUGUGCGACCAAUAACAAAAUUGUGCCCAUUAGAAAUAAAUGCUGAUGAUUAA